AUGGUAAGGUGUUGGCGUGGUACACUCACGCAACCAUUUGGCUUGAAACUUUUCUGGAACAUCCAUCAUGCACACCCACGAUUUCUCAAUAAAACUGUUCUUGUUAUCAAUAAUGACGUCGCGUCAGCAUUUCAUCUACUCAACAGACUGAUGAAUAAUGAAGGCUUGUUGGAUAUUCUUCGCAAGACACGUUAUUAUCGAAAACCAUUCAUGCAAAGGAAUGAAUUAUCAAGGCAAAUUUCAAAGGCAAUUAUCAAAGAAGAUAUGCAAAAAAAAAUUCAGUUCCUGAUGCGGAAAAACCGUCCUGAUGCAUAUCCAGGCCAAAUUACAAUGUGA